AUGUCGUCCAGCCGAACAUGGGGCCGCGCCAUGGCCAGCCCGCCCCCGAGCGAUGGCCACAUACCCUCGUCACCCUCGACCAUGAUGCCUCCCUCCUCGCCGAUACAGGAAGGCUCCUCCCGAAAACGACCCCGAAGAGAACGACGCGAACCGACCAUAACCCCCAGGAAAUUCAGGAGGUUCUUCACCCCCCGGAGCGAGAGGCUUGCCAUACCCUUCGAUGCCAGAUCUAUCCUCGGCGAGUCGAGCGAGUCGACACUCAACGCCGCCCAUCUGACAUCGCCUGCAUCCACCCUCGAAGACAAGCUCGACUCAAGAUCCGUUGAUUUCAACGUCGACGUUUCGCAAGAUGCAAGGAGGAAGACUCUCAACCUCUUCGGAGGAUCGAUCGACUAUAACAAUGCAUCACGCAGAGAGCCAGGGGAGACUUUUCCCGAUGCGAGGAAACGAAGGAGGACCGAGGCCUCUGACCUGCUGUCUUCGCCCUCGAUUGGGAGUGUGCGCACGUCUGACUUGACCGCUCAUAACUUGAGAGCUCUGGGUGCUCAGACUCGUUCCAGCUCCACGCUCGGUUUCGAGAGCAAGCUCGCACAAUCAUCCCAUGCUGGUUCCAACGAUGCGAUGUUGCAUGACUAUAAACCAAAGCCUGUCAUGAAGCUCCGUAACCGGGGCUUUGCCGCACAGCUGCUGCUCCGCGAGCAGGGCAUCACGCCGAGGCCUGGACUGGAGAGAAUCGACUGCCCAGCUCAUGCUACCCCCCUGACUGCCGUCGGCGAUGAGGAGGGGUUCAUUCGUCUCUUUGAUACAAAGUCCGUUCCCGCCCAUGUGUCAGAACCCACCAAGGUCAAAAUCGCUGUCCAAGCUCACAACAACGCCAUCAUGGACCUGGCCUUCUCACACAACGACCUCAGACUGGCGACCGCCUGCGGAGACCACAGCGGCAAGAUCAUGGACGUCAUGUCCCAGUCAAUAGCCGUGGAGCUGAACCACGGCCAGUACCAAGCCAUGCGCCGCGUCAAGUUUCAACCUGGCCAGGCCAAUGGUGAUGUGCUUGCGACUUCGGACCGGGACGGCACGAUCCAAAUCUGGGACAUCCGUUGCAGCACCUCUCCUGCCGUAUCUUUCACAACAAUGGGGCCUCGAGGUCCCAUUGCUCGCGACCGCCAUCUGCCCCCGUCAAGGACAAGGCCAUUGAACACCAUGCUCGAGGCCCAUGUUCGUGUUGUCGAGGGUGAGACCAGGGGAGCCUCGGUCACGGCUCUCGAGUGGUUGCCCGCAGGACGGGAGCACCUCCUCCUCUCCGCCUCGGAAGCCAACUCUUGCAUCAAACUCUGGGACACCCGCUACGUCACCUCCAGUAACCGAGCAGCCACCCCCUUGUCCGCCACGGCGACCCCUUCGACCCACGCCUGGCGCCCGUACGGCCUGACAUCCAUGUGCCUCAGCUCCGACGCCUCGCGUCUCUACGCCGUCUGCAAGGACAGCACCGUAUACGCCUACUCGACCGCCCACCUCAUGCUCGGACCCGCGCCGCAACUCUCCCGCAACCCGCCCCGCCAGAAGUUGGGUUCUGCCUCGCCUGGUCUGGGCCCCCUCUACGGCUUCCGCCACCCAGCUCUCACCGUCGGCUCCUUCUACGUCCGCUCAGCCCUUCGCACCGUCGGCACGGGAAACGGUCCUGAACUCCUCGCCGUCGGCAGCGCCACAUCGAGCGCCAUCCUCUUCCCGACCGACGAGCGCUUUCUCCGCGAGAAGUGGGACCGCGAAAGCCACGACCCAAACCACGACUGGGACACCAGUGCGAGGCGUCCCGGUCCCAGCUCCGGCGCCGCCGCCGCCGCACGCAUCCCCAUGGUCCACAACGGCACGCAGCUCGCAGACGGGCACCAGCGCGAGGUCACGGGCCUCAGCUGGUCAAACGAGGGCAAGCUCGUCACCGUCUCGGACGACUACACGGUGCGGCACUGGCAGGAGGACGCCUGCGAGGGCGCCGGCGAUCGCAACGAGGACGUCCCGAGGGACGCCCGCGACCUGCGCACCUGUGGUGGUUUCGGUCGGAAGCGCUGGAUGGCGGGCUGGGCGCGGACCGAGGAGGGUGCGAGCUGGGACGACGAUGACGACGACCACUCUGAGUGCUGA